AGGAGCGCCAUGUCUCAGGAAGGUGCUGCUCAUUUGUACAAGUUAGAAGAAGAUAUUACAUGUUCCAUAUGUUUUGAAGAGCUUUCGGAUCCGGUCUCCAUCACCUGUGGUCAUACCUUCUGUAGAGGCUGUAUAACCAAAUAUUGGAACAGCCCGAAGCUCCAAGAAUACCGCUGCCCAGAAUGCAGGAAAGUCUGCCCCAAAGACCAGCUCAUACCCAAUUACAGGCUGAAGAACAUGGUGAACAAGGUCCAAAUGGCCACCAAGGAAGAAAAAAAAAAAAACAGGUUUCUCUUCCAAAUGAAAACG